AAGACUUGACUUUGUGCGUGAUAAUUCUUCCAAUGGCAGAUGACAAAUUGCAGCAAUCAAUGGCAAUCACAUUCAAGAUCACAUGUUUUCAAGUCAAGCCCACAAAUUUGACCAUAGUUUGAAUCAAUCCAUCCAUUCAUAGCAGCGAGAACCAUGCAUCUUGUAAGUAGCAUUCAGUUAUAUAUUCUUCAGACGCAGGAUUCCAUUCCACCCAAAAAUGGCUCCUUUUUGCUCUCUUCCAUUUUUCACCACCACAUAAUCCAAAACCACGAGCGAAUGUAAUCCAAUAGAACAGCUCUGUCACCGCUUCUCUCUUGCUGAGCUUCAAGCAGCCACAAAUGGGUUCAUGCCGAGUUUAAUUGUCAAUGGAGAAGGUCAAUGUCAGGUCUACAAAGCCCACCUCAAAGGCCAUGGAGACGUGAUAUAGAAUUCAGGGUCGAAGUCAAGAUUCUGUGUCAACUACACCACCCAAAUGUUGUUCCUUUGGUUGGUUUCUGUGAUCACAAACAUGACAAGUUUGUUGUGUAUGAUUAUGUCUCCAAUGGAAGCCUCCAUGAUUGUUUGCAUGGCACCAACAAUAACAGUGUUGUUCCCUUGUCAUGGAUACAAAGACUUAACAUCUGCAUCGGGGUGGCUCGUGGACUGCACUACAUUUACUUCGAAACCAAGAUACCUAUCAUACACCGUGCUGUGAAAUCAAGCAACGUUCUUUUGGACCAUAAUUUGGUGCCUAAAGUGGCAGAUUUUGGACUUUGCAAGAAGCACCCACAAGAGGAGUCAAGGCCAAAGCCACCAAGAGUUGAGUUGAGGGAGAACUUGGAGGUUAGUUUGGAAUACAUGGAGCCGGAGUAUUUUAUGACUGGAAGGUUAUCAAACAAAUCAGAUGUGUACUCUUUUGGGGUGGUAAUGUUAGAGAUUUUGUGUAGGAAGAAAGCUUGUUUUUUAACCCCAGGUGGAGAAUGUGAGUACCUUGCUAAGUGGGCCUUUGAUGAUGAAAGGAAGGGGGUUCUUGAGAAGAUUGUUGACCCAUCUCUCAUUGGAAAAAUAGCACCUGCUUGUUGGAAAGUGUUCAUUGAGAUUGUUCAGAGAUGUUUGGCAUCAGUUGAAGAGAGGCCAACGAUGGGUGAAGUGGUAGUGAUUCUUGAAAAUGCAUUUUUGUUGCAAGAGAGAGCAGAUGUGUGAAGGAGUGUGAUGAGCCUAGAACUGAGACACAAAUGACAAAAGCUGAGUGGCAAUGGCAUUAAGAAGAGAAUACGGUUAUUGUUGUAUUUUUCAUGUUUCUUUUCAAUUUUUGUAAUAUUGGUUUGGCAAUGGCAAUGGCAUUUGGAAGAUGAAAAACUCUAAAAUUAACUCUCUAUUUUAAUAGUGGUUACCUCCUUUGUCUCUUGUUAAUAUUAGUCCAUACGAGCCUUUAGCGAAAGUUGUCUUGAAAACAACACUAUGCAUGUACAUUUUACUUAUGAGCGUAUUUGAUU